CGUCUGUGCCAACAGCUCUGGCUCCUGAAGCCCCUCACGGGGAAGGGACGGGAGGGGGCGGUGGAGAGGGUGAAGCGAGGUAGCGGCUGGAAGGUCCGUGUCCGGCGGCUACCGUGAUCCGGUCUCUGGGCGUAGGGAGUGAGGGAAGGCAGGAGCCUGAGGCGAUUCCGGGACCCACGAGCUCCUCGCAGCCGUGGAAGCGGUGGAGCACAGAGUGAAAAAUUCCCCCUCCGUACUGAGGCGUCCCAGCGCUGCGGCGGGCUGACCCGCAGAUCCAGAUAAUAAAAAUGGGAACUCCUGGAUCAGGACGGAAGAGAACUCCAGUGAAGGACAGGUUUUCUGCAGAAGAUGAAGCUCUGAGUAACAUUGCCAGAGAGGCAGAAGCCAGACUUGCAGCCAAACGAGCAGCUCGAGCAGAAGCAAGAGAUAUACGUAUGAGAGAGCUGGAGCGACAGCAAAAAGAGCUGGAAGAAAAGAGUGAAAAAUCACAUUCAGAAAUAUUUUCAAGGCCCUCAUCUCGCAAUUCAGUAAGUGCAACUCCUCUGAGUGGCAACUCGUCUAGGAGAGGAAGUGGAGAUGCAAGCAGUUUGGUGGAUCCUGAUGCCUCCCUCAGUGAAUUACGGGAUAUCUAUGAUCUUAAGGACCAGAUACACGAUGUAGAAGGGAGAUACAUGCAGGGACUUAAAGAACUAAAGGAUUCGCUAGCUGAAGUUGAAGAGAAAUACAAGAAAGCUAUGGUUUCCAAUGCUCAACUAGACAAUGAGAAAAACAACUUGGUUUACCAAGUGGAUACUUUAAAGGACGUUAUUGAGGAGAAAGAAGAACAGAUAGCAGAGUUCUAUAGGGAGAAUGAAGAGAAGUCAAAGGAAUUGGAAAGACAGAAACACACCUGCAAUAUUCUGCAGCAUAAGCUGGAUGAACUAAAAGAGGGCCUUCGACAGAGAGAUGAAUUGAUAGAGGAGAACCAACGUAUGCAGGAGAAUAUAGACUCCAUAACCAAAGAGGUGUUUGAUCUCCAGGAGACAAUUAAUUGGAAAGAUAAAAAAAUAGGGGCCCUAGAAAGACAGAAAGAUUACUUUGACUGCAUUAAGAAUGAGCGAGAUGAGCUCAGAGAGGAGUUGGCUGACCUGAAGGAAACAAUGAAGAGAGGAGAGAAAUAUGGAUUAGUUAUAAUUCCAGAUGGCACACCAAAUGGUGAUGUAAACCAUGAAUCGGUGGUUAGUGCGAUAACAGUUGUAUCACAAGAAGCUGCUCAAGUCUUGGAAUCUGCAGGAGAAGGACCACUAGAUAUCAGGCUACGAAAACUGGCUGGAGAAAAGGAGGAAUUAUUGUCCCAGGUUAGAAAACUGAAGAUGCAGUUAGAAGAAGAACGACAGAAGUAUUCUAAAAGUGAUGGCAUGAAUCCAGAUGUCAUAGGCUUAGAGAAUGGUUCUGACUUGCAGCUAAUUGAAUUGCAAAGAGAUGCCAACAGACAAAUUAGUGAAUACAAAUUCAAGCUUUCAAAAGCUGAACAAGAUAUAACUACUUUGGAACAAAAUAUUGGACGACUUGAAGGGCAGGUUGCAAGGUAUAAAAAUGCAGCAGAAAAUGCAGAAAAGGUAGAAGACGAACUCAAAGCUGAAAAGAGGAAGCUUCAGCGAGAGUUAAGAACAGCGCUGGAUAAGAUAGAAGAGAUGGAGAUGACCAAUAGCCAUUUAAUGAAAAGGCUGGAGAAGAUGAAGGCAAAUAGGACUGCGCUUUUAUCUCAACAGUGAAGUGGAAAUCGAAAAUACAAUGCACUGCUCCUUGAAAACUAGCCCCUAGGUUGUUUAUAAAUACAGACUUUCAUUGGCACAAACUAUUUAAACACUGAGCUGUUCAGUGAUGGUUUAGUUUCAUAAUUAAAUGACAUACUUCUUGUAACUUAUGAAAGAAAUGUAGUUUGAAUUCCCAUGUGAAUAACAGCAAUUUUUCAGUAGCAUUUGAUUCUAGAGUCAAAGAUGGAGCACAAUGCUGUAUGUUCGACUUAGCGAUAGAAAAUGUUUUUACAACUGUGGAAUCAGGUUUACUCCCGAUCUCUUUUGGCUGCUUUAAUGAUGCUUGAUGCUCAGAGACAGCUGCAUGAAUUCAAGAAGACACUGUAUUACUGUACUACAAAACUAACAUGUAUUUGCUUAAGACAUCACACAGCACAAGUGCCUUUUAUCCGGUGCAAUUUAGACUUCAUUGUUGAAAUAGCCUUUGAAACCAGAUAGCAUUUUAUUUUAAGAUACAUUUGGGGUAUUCACUAAACUUUAUACAUUUUGAAAAUACAUUUUUGUAAAAUAUUUAAAUUUGUAAGAAAAAAUAGGGACUGUAUAUAAAAAUCUGCUUUUUUUGCAUGGGCACAUCUGACUUCUAGGUAAUUCUGUCAAAUACUAGCCCCUAAUACUCUUAGUAUUAAGAGUGCAGAUUUAAAAGCUUAUGUUGUUCACCAUCAAAUUAUAUGUGAUCUGCUUAAGUGUGAAUUGAAAUUUUAUGGUGGGAGGAAGGGGGUGGGAAAUGUGGCUAAGGAAUUUAUUAAAUGGACACUUUACUGACCAAAA